AUGGAUUUUACGGGAUUAUUUAUCGUCUUUGCUGAAGUAUGCACGAUCAUUUCAGCUGGAAUCCGCGGAGCUAAUGAUCAAAUUGAGAAUGCUCAUCGAGAAGGAGACUCUUACUUUUCAACCCGUGACGGUUCCAAUCCACAAACCUGCAGAAAACUUGGAAAAUGCGAGGGCACUCCAGAUAGGGCUCAGAACUGCUGGGGGUAUGAGCCAGGGUGUACCUCAGCAGAUAAAUGGUACAUCAAACCACAGUGCGAUGACAACAUGUCUGGCAGACAUUUUAGAACGAUUGAAGACAAAAUUCACCAAUUCUGGAAAGAAAGUGAUUUUGGUUUUGUGAAAUCUGUUCAGGACAGUCUACAAUUGGUUUGUAAACCAAAGGAAAUCCAGGCAGAUGCCUCAUCUCUUGUUUGCUCCAAGCAGCUGACAUACUGCAAAGCAAAGCAUCUAUUCAUGGAUUUCAGGAAUAUGCCAAAUGGACAAAGCACAUCAAAGACAGAUAAAUUCAAGCCUCAGAAAAUUGGUGGGUUUUGUGAAGUGGAUGCUAGUGCCCUCAGUGAAGAAGGAAAAUACAGAAUGGAGCUUAGUUCAUGGUUAAAUGAAGUAGAAGAUUUCUCUUCCUUGUCCUUUAAACCAAACCAGGAGGAACACUGUGAUAUCCUGAUGGAGAAACCUACUUUCUUCAUGAAAUUAGAUGCAGUUGUAAACAUGUACCAUCACUUCUGUGAUUUUUUCAACUUGUAUGUCACUCAGCAUGUGAAUGGAUCGUUUGAUACUGAUGUCAAUAUUGUACUGUGGGAAAAGCAUGCAAGAAGAAGUUUGGGGAACUUUGGAGUAACAUGGAAAGUGUUUUCAUCAAACCCUAUUCUUUAUCUUGGAAAGGAAUAUGAAAACAAGAGGGUGUGUUUUAAAGAAGCCAUCUUUGCCCUUCUGCCAAGAAUGGUGUUUGGACUGUACUACAACACACCUCUGACUCCAGGUUGUUCCAAGAGUGGUCUUUUCAAAGCAUUUUCUGAACAUGUCAUGGGAAGACUGGGCAUUAUCCAAGAGAGGAACUUGCAGAACAGCAGUGAACCAAUUCGUAUAACGUUGCUAUCCAGAGGGACAAAGUUUAGAAACAUUUUAAAUGAGAAUGAGAUUAUUCAUGCUUUGGAUACAUACCCUGGAGUGAAGCUGAAUGUCUCACAAUAUUCUUGGGAUAUGCCGUUUGCUGAACAACUAAAACGGAGCCAUAACACAGAUAUAUUUAUUGGAAUGCACGGUGCUGGUCUUUCUCAUGCCCUCUUUCUCCCAGACUGGGCUAAUCUCUUUGAGCUUUACAACUGCGGUGAUGUGAAUUGUUAUCGAGAUUUAGCACGACUCAGGGGAGUCUCUUACACUACUUGGGAAAACGAGGACAAAGUUGUUGAACACACUGAGGAACUACAUCCACGGUAUAGUGAUCAUCCCAAGUUUAGAAACUACGCAUUUGAUGUGCGUGAAUUUAUGAGGCUUGUGGAACGGACAGUGAAAAAAGUGAGACAAUCUAUAGAUGAGUACACAAAGAAGCGUGGUAGCUGACAUCAGGAAACUUUAAUGAGCGUGAAGAAACAAUGUUUCACUGGAGGCUAAAGCCCAGAGUGAUGCAAACUUUACGUCACCAGAUCGAGGACCCUCGACGUCAAAGAAAGUCCAGAAUCCAUCGCCGGGGAAAAUCAUUUAAGUCACAACUCAGUGUAAAACCUCUGAGAUCCCCGUGCCUUAAAGGAUGGUCUUAAUUUCUGGUCUCGAGGGAAACCGUUGGUUUGUUUUCCUAAGGGUCAGAGCGAAAUGAACAUUGAGGCUCUCGAGAAAACAAAACUAACUACUCCCAUCGAGACCGGAUUUUAAGCUUAGAGGAAUAGAUCGAAAGAUAGAAGGAGACAAAUCUUAGCAGGUGAAGAUAACUGCAAACGUGACAACUAUGGCAGCUUUUGAGUCUCCAUUAUUUUUCGGUUGUUCAUGCUCGACCAACUAACCGUGUCUCGGUUGGUUAAAGGUAUCGACUGCCUUGACAAUCACCAAUUAUGGUCUCGUGCUCGACAGUGAACGCUUUGCUCAUCCAACAUGAUUACGCAAAACACCGAAGUUAGACCGCACACAGGUUCGUUCUUACUCCCAGUCAAAUAAGGUAUCUCUUAGUGGAAUAAAGUAUCUCCAC